AUGAUGUCUCUGAGUAAGGAGCUUGUGUUCCUGAUCUUGCAGUUUCUUGAUGGGGAAAAAUUCAAAGAGACUUCUCUCCACAGUUGGGGCUUAUUUCUGCUAGAGCAGGAAUCUGGGGUUUUCUUCAAUAUGAAAUAUUUUGAGGAUGAGGUGCAUAAUGGCAAUUGGGAUGAAGUUGAGAAGUACCUCUCCGGGUUCACUAAAAUGGAAGAUAACAGCUGUUCCAUGAAAAUCUUUUUCGAGAUAAGAAGCAGAAGUAUCUCUAGGCAUUGGACAAUUGGUACCAAUGUGGGGGACGUAGGCCUGUGGGAAGUUGGAUCUAGGGAGCGACUAGUUGUAAGGAACUUCAAAGUAUGGGAUCUUAGUUCAUGCUCAAUGCUCCUGCAGGCUGCUGUAGUCAAGGAUCCUGUUUUGUCUGUUAACCAUGUGAUUCGGAGCCCUGAUGGUGCUUUAUUUGGUAUUGCGUACUCGAGGCACAUUGUUCAAAUAUAUUCUUAUCAUGGGGGUGAUGACGUACGAGAGCACCUAGAGAUUGAUGCACAUGUUGGUGGAGUAAAUGAUCUGGCAUUCUCCCAUCCCAAUGAGCAGCUUUGUGUGAUUACCUGUGGGGAUGACAAGACCAUCAAGGUGUGGGAUGCUACAACCGGUGCAAAAGAAUAUACUUUUGAAGGUCAAGAGGCUCUAAUUUAUUCUGUCUGCCCACAUUAUAAGGAAAACAUUCAGUUUAUUUUUUCAAUAGCACUGGAUGGAAAGAUGAAGGCUUGGGAGUAUGACAAUUUGGGAUCUCGAGUUGAUUAUGAUGCUCCUGGUCGCUGGUGCACAACCAUGGCUUAUAGUGCUGAUGGUACAAGGCUAUUUUCAUGUGGGACAAGUAAAGACGGUGAGUCAUAUAUUGUUGAAUGGAAUGAAAGUGAAGGAGCUGUGAAGAGGACCUAUAAAGGCCUUCGCAAGCGUUGUUUUGGUGUUGUGCAAUUCAAUACUACUAAAAACCGGUUUUUGGCUGUUGGUGAUGAUUUUUCUAUUAAAUUUUGGGACAUGGACAAUAUUCAACUUCUGACAACUGCUGAUGCUGAUGGAGGCCUCCCAGCAAGCCCUCGUAUCCCCCUCAACAAGGAUGGCACUCUCUUGGCUACUUCUGCCAAUGAGAAUGGGAUUAAAGUUUUGGCAAAUGCAGAUGGAAUGCGGUGGUUGUGAACAAUUGAGAAUCAUCUUUCUUACGAUGGGUCUGAUGGACGAUAAUUACUCUGAUCAAUUGCUUCCUGAUUGUCUGUGAUCACUCCCUGCUGUAAUCCCUGGUUGUUUGUAAGCCUUUGACUGAUAUCCUGCGCAAAUCAUCUGUUAAAAUACCUUCCGUAUAUGUAUGUUCUGUAUACAAAGUCAACUUGUACAUUGAGGCUUUAUUAGCCUAUAUAAUGAAUGAAGAUCAGAACCUCAA